AUGAGCUCUCCAAACGAUGUGGCUGAAGAGGUGACCAUCGAGGAGCAGCCCACUGGCUCCUUUGUAGAAGUGGAACGAGAUGAGGAGAAACCUGGCAGCCCGCUGGACGAAUUUCUCUGCGAUGGCUCGAUCAACGCGCCCACAGUCACUUUCAUCGACUUCUGCGAAGCGAUCGAUCCGACGUUAGAAGAGGAUGUGAAGUAUCGUGUCUGGUGCUUCUAUGAAUGGAUUACUUCUGCGGUUACAUUGACGGGCCCCGAGAUGCCAUGGAUCGCAGCCAGCUUUUUCGCCACUCAACAUUUGAAGAAAAAAGUGCGGGAUAUGCCAAAGUUUAGAUAUACAUUAUGUGAGGUGCUCGAUGCCGGAAAAUUGAGCGUUAUUGAUCUGUUUGACCGGUUGAACCGGAUUGCCCCGAUUUUUGGAGGGAUUGUCACGACCAAGUUGAUGACAUUGUCCCGACGCCUUCAAAACACACUGUCCGUCUCAGUGACGAUAUUUCGUAAAUUCUUGAAGAUAUUUCGUUUUGUGUUCGCUCGACCGGAAUCGCAAACGGUUGACGCAUUGCAGCCCCGGGUUUUUCGCAUGAUAUGGUACUUGUAUUUGAUGACCAGAAAACAACUUCCGGCGGGAUCGAGCUCAGAUCUACUUAUCUGUUUUGAUGCCCUACUGUGCUGCUUCGAUCUGGUGGUGCGUGACCUCGAUUGCUUCGACCUGCAGCACACGUUUACACAAGAAUUUGUCCAAGGCUCGAGCGGCGAGGGCGAGCAAAUUCUUUCGUGCUUGUGCGCGCAGUUUGACGGGGCUGCCCUCGACGCGAAGCACUUCAAGGUGCACGUGUUUGAAAAGAUAAUUUACGAGAAGAUGAAUCUGCAAUGGCCGCUGAAUAUUAUCGACAAUGGCGACAAUUAUAUUGGUGAUUUCGACGUUGCCUACGACCAGCAGCUGCGCCAAAAGGGCGAAUUCGACGAGCGCCUGUUUCUGCCCGAGCAUUUUGAGAUCAUCUACGACGCGGAUUACGAUGCGGCCCCUCUCGAAAUGCUGCGAAGAGCCGAGCUGUCCGACUGGUCGAUCGACACAAAUCUCCUGGUCCGCGUUUCCACACAGGCUUGUCUGGAGCGCGUUGAAAAGAUGAAGCUCAAGCCGCACGUUGCUCAGGGAAACGUCAUCCAAAAAUACGUGAUGGCCUCCGAUCAAUUUUGCCCGCGGAUGGGAAAUGAACUGCCGACAUUCACAGCAAAAGUGCUAGAAGCCCUGAUUCCACGCGGUUGGACGCUCGAAGGAUCGCAAUUGAUGAGCUGCUUUGCCGAGUACGAGGACGAUCCGAUGCCUAUAAUUAAGGAUAGCGUUAGGACGUUGACGAAUAAAUUCAGCAAACGUGUAGCGCAAGAAAAGAAUAAAUCGACCGACGGAAUUCCGGACCCGGAAAUCACAUCAAAUCUGGCAAUGCAUCGCGCGCUUGUUGAGGAGCUGUUCUACCAUCUACUCGAGAGGAUCAUCGUCGCCGAGCGGGAGAAGAUGGCUGCGUAUAAAGAGGCCGAUUUGUCGUUGAUCGCCCGGAAGCAAGAAUUCAUCGCGUCGCUGUUUGCCGUGACACUCGAGCUGGUGCUCGCCGCGAACAAGUCGACACGAAAAUUCCCCUGGGCCCUUGAAGCUCUCGGCCUUCCCGCCAUCCAUUUCUACAAGAUCAUCGAAGUGGUCGUCCGCUCGGAGCCGGCCCUGUCACGCGAGAUGGCAAGACAUUUGAAUAGGAUCGAGGAAUCCGUAUUCGAAGAGCUGGCCUGGAGCUUCGAGAGCCCGCUGUGGAAUCAUUUGGCCCAGCGAGCCGACGCGAUCCCGAGCUGCAACACGGUGUGGGCCGGCGAGAUGCGCAGCGAGUUCUAUUCCCCGGCAAAGCGGAUGAGAACCGAAGAAGAUGGCGUACCGUCCAGCAAAGCUAUGAAUAAUUUCUUUAGAAAGCUCUAUUUUAUCGCCUCAAACCGCCUGGUGGACAUUUGCGAGCGGUUGAAUUUGAAUGAACAGGCGAAGAGUCGGGUCUGGACCCUGUUCGAGUACAUUCUGAAGACGGAGACGAACCUGCUGGCCGGCCGGCAUUUGGACCAGAAUCUGAUGUGCGCUGUGUAUAUAAUUGGAAAGGUGCUGAAUCUGGAGAUCACGUUCAACAAGAUAAUGGAGACGUACCGCUCGCUGCCGAGCGCCCAGGAGCGCGUAUUUCGUUAUGUGACCGUCGAGACGGAAGUACCGCUCGAUGAUGUGCUCAGCCAAUUCCUUGUCAAGCCCAACGAGGCGCUAAUGCAUGCGAUCGAGACCCGGCAAUCCAUCGUGAAUAGCGAAAAAGUGAACAUUAUCGAGUACUACAAUCGCGUCUUUUGGCCCAGGGUCGACAACUUUGUUCGCCGCAUGGACGACCCGCAAUUUUCGGUCCGCCGCCAGCCGAUGCCAAUGCUACGCCAGUACAAUGUGACGCCGCUGAAGAAGAUGAUCACAGAUCGUAUCUCCGUCCAAACCGUCCAGCCCGGGCCCAAGAAAACGACGAAGAUCACGUACCGUCCGGUCGGGCGUGGUGGAGGGGCCGCCGUGAGGACGUUGACCAGGCAAUUCGUCGGUGAGCAGAGGCCACCCAUGCGUCGUGUGCUGCCCGCCACCGGAAAUGCCGCUGGAGCAGGAGGAGGAGGAGCGCGGCCCGUCGAUGGCCACCACGAAUACGUCCUAUGCCCCUGCUGCGACCACAGCUUCUUCUUAUUCCCGUCCCGUAGCGAGGACUUU